AAAUCAGGUUAUAUCGGUAAUUCAGUCCCGUAUAUAUAGCAGCGUUCAUCGUCUCCGUUUGGAAACCCUACUCCACGAGUCCACGGCCGCUGCAGCCAUCCUUGUCUCUCCCAGGUAAGUAAGUUCUUUGGCUCCAGCGUCCAAUGGCUCCGGCUAAAGCUGAUGUUGCAAAAAAGGCUGAUCCAAAGGCUCAAGCCUUGAAGGCUGCCAAGGCUGUGAAAUCAGGCCCUGUUUUUAAGAAGAAAGCUAAGAAGAUCAGGACAUCAGUCACAUUUCAUCGACCAAAGACAUUAAAGAAGGAGAGGAACCCCAAAUAUCCCCGUAUCAGUGCUCCCCCAAGAAAUAAGUUGGACCAUUAUCAGAUUCUCAAGUAUCCUUUGACUACGGAGUCUGCAAUGAAGAAGAUUGAGGACAAUAACACCCUGGUUUUCAUUGUUGACAUUCGUGCCGACAAGAAGAAGAUCAAAGAUGCUGUGAAGAAGAUGUAUGACAUUAAGGCCAAGAAAGUUAACACUUUGAUCAGGCCCGAUGGAACUAAGAAGGCUUAUGUUAGGUUGACACCAGACUAUGAUGCCUUGGAUGUGGCGAACAAGAUCGGUAUAAUCUAAGCUACAAUUUUGUAUCCCCUUGUCCCAAGCAAAGUGAUCCCAUUCUUGUUAUGACAGUUUUGUUAGUACAACGUGGCACGAUGUUAGGACUUAAUUUCAGUUGGUUAUUUAAAGUUGUAUCUGGAACAAUGUUUUCUAUACAGCUUGUGGUUCUAUCUGCCUGAUUAUACUUC